AUAGCAAUGCCAUUUCAAUUUCAGUUUUUAACAAACGAUGUCACUCCAAACAGUUGCUUGGUUGGUGAUUGCUUUGUGUUUGCUGGAGCGGUCUACGACAGCAAAAGCCUUCGAUGUAAGCAGUCGCAUUGUGGGUGGUGAGCUUACAACCAUUGACCGAGUUCCAUAUAUGGUCCAGAUAUGGAGCAAAGGGAAAUUCAAUUGCGGCGGAGCAUUAUUGACCCGAAAUUUUAUACUAACGGCGGCUCAUUGUGUUCAUAAUGUAAUGCCUGCGGACUUGUUUGUCGUGGCUGGGGUCACCACCCUUGCAGAUACUGCUGUAAAAUACAAAGUGGUGAAAAUUUUGAAACCAGCCUCCUUUAGCAUGUUCACAAUGGAUAAAGAUGUUGCUGUUCUUAAAUUGGCCACCUCGAUACAGGGGCGAAAUACCCAAACAGCUGAGUUAUAUUCGGGUAAUUUGUUUGCGGGUCAACAGGUGGAAAUAGCCGGUUGGGGUCGUACAAGUGAAAUGGGAAAUAUUUCAUAUCAAAUACGUUCCGCACGAGUUCCGGUCAUCUCAAAGUCUCAAUGUCAGCGGCAAUAUUCGAGAUAUAUUUAUCUCACGGAGAAUAUGUUUUGUGCCGGUGUUCCGGGAGCUAAAGAUACCUGUUCUGGUGACUCUGGUGGUCCGGUAAUGUGUAACGGUAAAAUUUGUGGCAUAGUCUCGUUUGGUGUCGGCUGUGCUCGCCCAGGUUUGCCGGGAGUUUAUACCACUAUCUCAGAGGUAAGGCCUUUUAUAGAGGCGUGUCUUAAGAGAUAAAUAAUGACGUGAAAUAAAAUAAAGGAAGAAUGUGUUUUGAAUAAA